AUGUUUUCUGACUGGCUGGAGCUCCAGCUGGACUAUGCUGGCGGUUUGUGGAAGGACGAGCAGGAGGAGACGCUUCGAAAGGCAGAUCACAGCUCCGGAAGUGACAGUGACGCCUCAGGGGCGGAGGGUGCAGAGGAAGCUCCCAAAGUGGCUCCGACACGAUCCGAGAAGGAACCGGAGCAGGAGCUGCGAAGAAGAAGCCUUUUGUCCUGGCGCCGGCCCGAGCAGGCGGUGUCCACGGAGGUGGACGAGCGGGCGGGGUGCUACAUCAGCGGGCGCCUGCUGCGAGUGAAGGGCUGGGCCCUGCGCAAGGGCGCGCGCUUGGAGCAGCGGAGUGCGGAGGUAAAGGAUGGCGAGGAUGGGGAGGUGGAGUUUGUUUGGGCGGAGGAUGGAAGCUCCAGGAGUGUCAAGCUUCGGGGGAGCGCUGUCGAACGCUUCAAGCUGGAAGCCGGGGAGGAGCUCUUCGGGUUGCGGGUGCUGCCGCUGCAGGGGGAGGUGCUCGACCUGGCCACCGCCACCAGCGUGGAGCGGGAGCUUUGGGUGGAGGCACUGGGCCGCGCGGCAGCCCAGCGGCCGUUUGUUGGAAGCGACGCUUCCGAUGCGGCGGGGCGCCUGCGGGUGACGCUGGCAGAGGGCGCACUGGAGAGCCGGCGGGCGCCCGCAGGGCUGUUCUGCGUGGUGUCAUGCCAGGACAUGUCCUCCAGGACGGUGGUGAAGAAGCCCACGAAGGUGCCCGGGGCCGGGCACAUGGUCGCCUUCGGGGAGGCCUUUGACUUCCCCAUCCUGGACGACGACCCAGACGCGCUGAUCCGGCUGGAACUCUUCACCGAUGGCCGGCGCUCCGGUGCCGGCGUGGCUGGGGGGACCUGCGCUGGGCGCGUGGAGGUGCCGCUGGGCUGCGUGGGGCGGAACCGGUGUCGGGAGCUGCGCCUGCCGCUGCGAGACCUGGCGCGCCCCAGGGAGAACAGCGAGGUUGGCUUUUUGAAGGCGUGGUGCCGCUUCGACCAGAGCUACGGCGCGCUGCUCCUGCCGCGGCCGCCUCGGCCAGCGAAGCCGGUGCUGGACGUGGGGGGGAAGGGCAUCCGCGAGCAGUUCAAGGAGCUGGAAGCUUUCAUGCAGGAGUUCGAGGUGUUUUCCAGCCGCUUCAUCUACCACUGCGAAGUCUCCAGGAGCCUCUCCCUGGAGUACAAGCGCAUCGUGCAGUGGGACGCGCCCCUGGUCACAGUGCUGUGCCUGGUGGGAUUGACGUUGCUUUUGGGUCUUUUCCACGAGUACAUGCUGCCGGUUGCGGUGCUGGUGCUGCUGGCGGUGAUGCUCUGGCACCGAUCGAUCGCCUUCGAGGAGGAGCCAAAGGAGAGGCAGCCCCGCAGAAGUCGGCUGUCGGCAGUCUUCAAGAGACCCACCGAGCCCGGGGAGAGCACUGCGGAGGUGAAGGAGAGAUACGAGAACGAGCGGCGGCUUCUUUUGGGGAGGUUCACCAGCCGGCGCCUGCGGCUUUGGGAUCCCCCGCCCUGGAGCGACAAGGAGGGCCGGCGUGCGGAGCCUCCCACGCCCUACGAGGAUGGCGUGCAAUACUCCUGGCGUGUGGAGGCGCGAUUGGACCAUGGACAGGGUGAUACUUUGGGCAUUGCGGCAUCCGCCAUGGCGCGAUCGAUUGCGCGGGACAGCCGUCGCCUGCGCGCUGGCGUGCUACUGGCCGUGAUGCUGGGCAUUCUCUUGAAGGAUCUCUGGAUCUGCUCCUUCGUGCUGCUGCCGCCGGCUCUGCGCGGCAGUGCCCGACCCCCAAGGGAUGUGGCAGUGCACUUUGGGCCCAGCCCCAAGACGGUGGCGCAGGGGCAGGAGGAGCAGGGUCAGGAGGGGUGGGAGCUGGUGGUGUUGCUGUGCGCGCUGGGCAUCAUGAUCAGCUACGCGGACCGCUCGAACAUCUCCAUUGCCAUCAUAGGCAUGGCCAAGGACUUCGAGUGGGACAAAGCCUUUGAGGGCACAGUGCUCUCCGCCUUCUUCGGAGGCUAUGCAGCCACCCAGCUGCUGGGCGGUCAGCUUGCGGAUGCCCUGGGCGCUAAGGGGGUUCUGGCAGCAGGGCUGGCGGUGUGGUCCUUGGCCACCGCCGCCACGCCCUGGGCCGCCGCCCUGGGCGCCACGCCGCUGCUGGCGGUGCGCCUGGCGCUGGGUCUCGGGGAAGGGGUCGCGUUCCCGGCAGUUCACAGCGCCAUCGCGCGCCUGGUGCCGCGGAGCCAGCAAUCCUCCGCGGUGGCGCUGGUCACAGCCGCCUCCUACGCGGGCGCUGGGCUUGCUUUCCUGCUUGUGCCCGGCAUCAUCGAGCAGUACGGCUGGCAGGUCUCCUUCCUCGGCUUCGGCGGCCUGGCGCUGCUCUGGCUGCCGCCGUGGCUGGCCACGGACUUCGGCGCCAGGUCAAGCUCCUUGGACCUCUCUGUGGAAAACUUGCAGACGAGCUUCAGUGCUACCGUCAAGGAGCUGCUGCCGUUGGUGACGACGAGGGAGGUGCUGGCGAUUUGUGUGGCACAGUACACCAAUGGCUUCGGGCUCUACGGUCUGCUCAGCUGGUUGCCCACCUUCUUCUCGGAGCAGUACGGCAGCUCUCUGUCCGACUUGCCAUUCCUCACGACCGUGCCAUACUUGCUGCAGGCCGGCGUGGGGCUGGCCGUGGGCGGCUACGCGGACCGGCAGCUGGCCGCCGGAGCGCCUGUGGGUCAACUGCGGAAGACCCUGCAAGCGGUGGGGAUGUUGGUGCCCGCGGUGGCGCUGCUGGUGGCCGCCUCACCGGUCGCGGCCAACUCCGCGACGGUGGGGGGGCUGCUGGUGGAUGUGGGCCUCGCCGCCAACGCGCUCACUCUGGGCGCGGUCAGCGUGAACCACCUGGACGUGGCGCCACGGCACGCGGGCGCGAUCUUCGGCCUGGGCAAUACCUUCGCGACGCUGGCGGGAUUGGUGUCCACGCCGCUGACAGGAGCCAUUCUGGACAAAACCGGCUCUUGGGAACUGGUCUUUGCCGUAAUCACGCUCCACUACGCUGCUUUGGUGAAUAACAGCUCUGAGAGCGCAAAAGAAUGCGACAUGCCGCAGCAGACGCCAGAGACGGUCAACGGCCUCACCGACGCGGAGGGCUGGCGCUAUGCCCGGCACUUCGGCCGCGAGGCGCCCUGGAGGAAUACCUUCCAGCCCCAGAUGUUUGUGCGUCGAAGGUGCUAUGUGGGUCGUCCCCUCAACGAGGGCAAGCCCUCCAAGGAGCCUGCCAGCUUCUCAGGCGCCGAGGAGCCCCCGCGCCAGGCGUCUGCAUCCAGGACGCCCAGGCCCUCGCUUUCGCCGGAUGCCGUACGCCGGGAGCCCAGAAGGAAAGGGCUUGGAGUUCGGCCUUGCGCGCACUCCUUUCCACGACAUGUACCAGCAGUACCUGCUGCGCUUUGCUUUUCUGCAGCGGCAGAUGGAGUAUUGGAUGGACUGGUACGAGCGCAGGAAGAACCUGUUGCUGGGAGCGACGCGCCCGACGCAGAACUUCGCGCUGCUCUUUGUGCUUUUGCUGCUGCUGGCCUCUUGGCUGCUUCCCACCCGCUAUCUUUGCCUAGCGUUUAUCUACGCCAUCUUUUGGGAUGGCCUUGGAGUCGGUCGCCUCAUGCGUGA